AUGCAUUCGAGUCUCGAUAUGAUGCAUAACCCGGAUCAGUCGGUCACCUCGGAGGACUCGAACCAUAGUGAGACAAGUCAACAUCCGACUCCUCAACUGCACAUGAAUCCCUUCAACAGCCAACAAUUCCUCACGUUCGGAAAUCCCUUCGAUCCGUCCGCGGCGAAUCUCUUCAAAAUGCACCAGGAUCCGAGCGAACUGAGUCUGGACAAGAAACCGAUGUUCGCCGACGACAAAAUGAGCAUGAGUUUCUUCAAGCAAAUGACUCAGGGCAGCGAUUUUCGCUCGGACGACGAAGCGGCACACCUCGAACUUGUCGCCAAAAUGAAGAAGGAUACGACGAAUAUCAGUGCCAAGGAUAUAUUUCACGAACGGAUUUCGGCUUUCAAACACAAGACAGAACUGACAAGCGAGAAGACGUUCGAGAACAGCUCGCAAACGAGUCUCAAUUCGGGUACAUCGCACAGAAUAGAUGACAUUCUUUCGAAACCUUCGGUAUCGCCGUGCAGUGCGGCAAUGCAGGCUGCUGCUUGUGGACUACUCGUUCCCCCAUCGAACACUCCCGCUUGGAACAACCCUGCCGCAGCCCUGUUCCGCGGUGCGGCACUUGCGGCCGCGGCAGCAGCGGCCGCUCAUCACAACACGCAAGUUUCAUCGCCAUUAGGUGGUCAUGGAGGAUCCCCGUCGCCUACUCGGAUGCCGACGUUAGGCGGUGGUCCAGGAAUGGGGGGACCUCCAUCGAAAAAACACACGCGACCAACCUUCUCCGGCCACCAGAUCUACGUCCUUGAGAAAACUUUCGAGCAGACAAAGUACCUCGCAGGACCAGAGAGGGCUAAAUUGGCUUAUGCUCUUGGGAUGAGUGAAAGCCAGGUUAAGGUGUGGUUUCAAAACCGUCGUACAAAAUGGAGAAAGAAGCAUGCUGCCGAGAUGGCCACCGUCAAGCAGCAUUCCAGACCAACUCCAGGUUCAGCCACUCCUGUAACCGGAGCGUCGAAUGCCCACGGAUUUUUGCAGAAGUCGGUUCUGAAGAGCAAAGUCACAGCAAAUUCGCCUUCGCUUAACCGGCUCCGCGGAUUCAUACGUCUAGAUAUCGAAGGCUAA